AGUUCUCGAGAAAAACGUCUACAAGUCCGCUACGAGGAAGCGAGGCUUCAAAAACAGACAGCAGCAGAGUGAGGUUAUAACUACUGUCUAGUUUUGUUUUUUUAAAUGGGGGUUUUAAGAAAUUAAUCAUUGGGUUUAUUUUAUUCAAAUAGUGGAAGCAUAAAACUUCAAUAAUCUCGUUUAAAAUGAGCUCCCCCGUUUUCUCGUAUGAGAGCUUGGUUCACGCUGUCUCAGGAGCAGUGGGAAGUGUGACUGCCAUGACGGUGUUCUUCCCUCUUGACACUGCCAGACUGAGGCUUCAAGUGGAUGAAAAUAGAAAGGCCAAAUCAACUCCAGCCAUUCUGGCAGAAAUUGUCAGAGAGGAAGGACUACUAUCUCCCUACAGAGGUUGGUUCCCGGUCAUCUGCAGCCUGUGCUGCUCCAACUUUGUCUACUUCUACUUCUUCCACAGCCUCAAGGCUAGCUGGCUGAAGGGAAAGCAGUCAGCACCCAGCACUGAUUUAAUCGUUGGCAUCGCUGCAGGUGUUGUAAACGUACUGGUUACCACUCCUUUGUGGGUGGUGAACACCAGGCUGAAGCUUCAGGGUUCCAAGUUUCGCAAUGCUGACAUACAGCCCACCAACUACUCUGGCAUUCUGGAUGCAUUUGUGCAGAUCAUCCGUGAUGAAGGCGUUGGUGCACUGUGGAACGGGACCUUCCCGUCGCUCCUCCUGGUGCUCAACCCGGCCAUCCAGUUCAUGAUUUAUGAAGGCCUGAAGAGGCAGCUGAGGAGAGGAGUACCCAGGGAGCUGUCAUCUGUUGAGGUCUUCAUCAUUGGUGCGGUUGCCAAAGCGGUUGCCACCACUGUUACGUACCCACUGCAGACAAUACAAUCCAUUCUUAGGUUUGGUCAGUUCAGUGAUUCAGCGGACAGGUCAAAACUACUUUCCAGUCUAAGGACUAUCAAGUAUCUAUUGGUCAAUAGAGUGAGGAAGUAUGGCAUGUUGGGUCUGUUUAAAGGCCUGGAGGCCAAGCUGCUUCAGACUGUGCUGACUGCUGCCCUCAUGUUCCUUCUCUAUGAGAAGAUUGCCAGCUGCACCUUCAGAGUCAUGGGACUGAGCAACCACUACAAGAAACGCUAGCUAGACACUUCACAGCUAAUGGACACUUUACCACAUUAAAACACUGAUUAAUCACUGCUUACAGGCCCCUUAUUGGGACUUCCUUGAAAUCUGUCACCUUCUUGAAAAACAGUGAAACUUUAAUGAUGACAUCAUCCUGCAAAUACUCUAACCAAUAAAGCAUUACAAACGUUUAGUA